GGGCACAGGUUUUGUGGGAGGCCAUAAAAUGAGAGAGAAAAUAGAAUAGGAGGUUUUUAAACUUGAACAUUUUCAUUUGGUAAACUUAAAGAAGUUAAUUUGGAGGUAGCCUAACUGUGAGAGCCAGUGAAUCAGCUACUUUUUCAUUUCGAUCUGAAUGAUCUCAUUCUUUAUAAUAAGCAUACUCUAUAGAGAAUGUCUUCUUCCAGAUCAAAGACUCUGAAUAUGCAUUCCGACAAAAGAGAAUGCGACCGAAUUAAGAAAAACUUGCAGGCUAAAAUCAAUCUUAGUGGAAAGAGCACCUUCGCUACCAGAGAAACAAGAGUUAAUGGAUGACGAGGAUCUAAAGAGGCGUCUCAGUCAAGAUCCAAAAUUCGAACAUGUUACAAUGGGAAAAGCUUAAAUAAAAUUCUUAAUGAGAACUAUGUUUCUAAAAGCCAUCAGAAGCUUUCUAAAAACCUCAGAAGGCUCAAAAAGAAUGUUUCAGGAGAUAUAGACCUUGAUGAAACGGAUGAUGAUACUAUAAACUACACUGAGAAAAUGAAGAAAAGUAUUUAUCUUCCAACCCACGAUAUCUCACUGGAUGAGUUUUGUAAACCCUUUAAAGAUAAGUUUCAGAGGAAUAAAGAUGGCCCGUCAAAAAGCCAAUAUAUCAGCAAAUAUAUCAUGAAGUCAAUGUCUCUCAAGAACAGAAUCACUAAGGAUUCCUUCAGAGUUAAGACCAUAAAGAGACCUUACUCCAAAGAUGUGCAAAGUUUAGCAGUUGAACGAGUAAAAGACCGUAAGAGCAAACAAAAUCUCGCUAGAAUUUCUCGAGAAGUAAAGAAAUAAAUUUGAAAAACAAUUCCAAGAGACUAGUAAUGUCUUCAAGGAUUACAUCACUGAGAGUAGGAAGAGGAGUGAGCAAAAAACCGAGCAAGGAACCAGAGGGAGAUUUUUCAUUUCAAACCUCACACCAGCUCCAAGGGUAAACCAUACCCAAUAUGGACAGUUUAGGAAUCUCAAUUCUUAUAAUGAUAGCUCUGCCUCACAUGAGAUGAUGGGAGUUGGGAUGAAAAGAAUCAAGAAGCAAUCAAACAUAUGUAUGACCACAGAGAGCGAUAAUGAGCUCAACCCAAGAAUACUUAGCCGAGAGAAGGACUCUAAAGGAUAUUAUAGGAGUCAAUCUAAAGAGAAAAAUUUUGCAGUCACAAGUCUUAAAGAGUUAGCUACAAGCAAAGAUCCAACUGCUAAUUCUGCUCAUUCCUUUAAGUAUAGUGUUGUAUCAGGGCUUGAAGAGUGUGAUAUUCCUGAUACUCUUAGAAGAAUGCAGGAGUAUCUUAACAAGCAUGAGACUAACCCCAAGCCUUCAGCAGUUAUUGCAUUCGUAAACCACCUAGUGGAGCUAUGUGAAGAAACUAGAUCGUUUGAUCUGGAGUUCCACUCCAGAAAGAUGCAAGGAGAUAUGUAUGUGGAGCUGAGGAAAAUUGAUGAAGCUAAAGAUAUCUUUAAGAAGCUAAUCUUCCUUGCAGACACACGUAAUAAGUACAAAGAACUCAUGGUGAUAUACCAGCAGAUUGGGUACCUUGACAAUGUCAUGAGAAGAUACGAUGAAGCACUUAUCUGGUUCAAGAAAUUACUAGAGCUGGCUUGGUUUGAAAAGGACAACGAAGCUGAAACAACAGCUUAUAUCAAUAUGGCAAUCUCAUACUUCUUCAUGGGUGAUCUUGACAAAGCUAGUUAUUAUCAUGAUCGGAUGAUGGGAGGAAAAUUAGAGAAUGAAAAAUAGCUCUCUUAAAGUUAUGUCUUACAAUGUCGUUAAGAAUCGUAGGGAACUGAAAAAUGAUAAGAAUUUCAGAAGAAAAGAGGUGAAGGUUUCUAAGCCUCAGAAUCAAACUCUUCCUUCUCCAAGAGAGCAUCAUAAAACAAAUAGCUUAGUGGACCCAACAAUUAAUCUCUUACCUCAUUACUUUCUUGGGGAAGACAUAGUAUUUCAGGAAGCUUUGAUGGAUUACUCAAAGAAGAAGAAUUAUAGUCUAUUUAAGAAGAAAAAUAAGUUACUUCAAGUAAUAGACACUCAUCAGUACCUUGAAAAGAAGAAAAAUAAGAGCCAAGGUAAUUCUGAAAGUUUACGGAUUCCUGAGAUAGGACAGUUCUCUCGUCCUGAGUUACUAUAUCUUAACAGAAAGCCUAAGAUGAAUUAUCUCCGUAAAGAGAAGCCUUUUGAGAAGAAAAAUAAAAUUCGAAUGAAUUUCUUCAAAGCACAUAACCAGAGUCAAAGCAUUCCCAGAAGAGAUGAAAAUAUCUGAAAGAAGGAUUUUGGCAAAGGAUACUUCAAGAAGGUAAUCCAAACUGCAAAGAACAGAAAUGAUAUUACUGCUAAAAAGAGGGAUUUUACGUACAUGUCUCAUAUGAGUGAGACCAAGAUGGACCCUAUUUCUCAUUACUCCCCUGAAGAUCUUGUAGAGACGAUGAAGAAGUCUUUAGGUGUCCUGCAAUACAAAUUUGAUCAAUAUACUGGUGAAUCAUAGAACUUUGAUACUCAAAAUUGUCUGA